AUGUCGGACAGUGAAGAAAAGUCUGACGAUUCCUUGCGUGUCGUCGGAAUGUUCGCCGCUAUCAACGAUCAGGAUGAGCAGGCAUUGGCCAGAGUGUUGAAGCAUUCUACCGUCGAAACCAUUCUGAAGUUCCAAACAAAGUACGGCACGUCGCCAUUGGCGUGCUGUAUACAGACGGGCGACGUGAGUCAUCUUGGUUUGGUGCGCUGCUUGCUGAAAAGUGGACUGUGCGACAGUGAAGUGGUCGAUGGCGAGGGCAAAACGGUGCUGGCAAACUUGGCACAUGCGCCGAACGAUAAUGUAAGCUUCCUAAAGCGCCUUAUCGAAAUUGUGAUCGAAGGAGUCUCGGAUGUGCAGGCUUGCUACAUGAUGCUGAAACAUAACUCCCUAGAGCUGUUCAAGGUGUUUCUGUCGGUGAAGCAAUAUGAUGAAUGCCGGUUAUUUGAAAGCCUCACUAGUGCAUUCACUAAAUUAAACAUGAAACAGUUUCGCUUAUUGCCAAACUUGAAAAUGUUCGUGCUGUAUAAGUUGGGUGAAUAUGGAUACAAGCAUUUAUCAGGCGAUUGGAUGGGAUCGCGCGAGACCAGCUCUGAUGCAUGGAAGAACCACGUGGAUGUGAUAAGCGCAUGUUGGAGCCACAUUGCGGAGAAGUAUGACACCGGGACGUACGAGAAUAUUGACGAUCAAUUGCUGUUUCGGCUGCAUGUCAUUCACAACCAUCUGUACUUUCUUCAGCACAAACAGUUUCUCGAGUAUCUGCCGCUGCGGGAGGCAAUAUUUUGUCUGGCCAUUUUUAUAAAUACCUUCAAGCAACAGCCCAUGUUUGAAGUUUAUCGCUUGAUGGUGCACAAGUGUCUUGUGGUUGACUUUGUACGCAUGAUUUCCUUCCAGUUAGUUCGCGUGAAGCAGCGUCUUGAGAGCGCGGAACAAGAGCUAAUGUCGUUGAUGGCGGAUGCAGAAUCCUUUAUCGCUCCCAUGAAGAUCGAUCUGAUUGAAGAGUUGACGACGAGGAUCGAACGGUCGGUUGUGGGGUAUCAACAGUCCAGCGGGCAGAAUACAUUGAACAGCAAUAAAGACAAAAUCAUACGAACCCUGAUGCAAAAGAUGAAAAAUGUUGAUAGAAAAUGUAUCGAGAGAAAGAUGGGCGAACUCAAGAAGAUAAGAGAAAAACAACAUGAUUAUCUCAUCGAAGGGCUAAAAUCCAGAUUGAAGCUCGUGGUACAUCCACAAAAUAUCGCCGAUUGGAUAAUGGCUCAAACAAAACGGACCCCUUCUGCAGAUCACUCGACUAUUGCCGCCGAUAUUGUGGCAGGUGCAUUGCUUAAUUUGGAGCAUUUAAUGCGUGGUAAAGAUCGCCGCACUAGACGAAAGCUGAUCAAGUGUUACAACCAAAUGAAGCAAUUGUACUCGCUAAACAAAAUUAUCACCACCUUCGGACAUGUGGCCAAAGUUAACCCAGCCAAUGUGGACAUGUUUCGUGAUUGUUUGAAGCGUGCCGUCACGGUGCUGGGUGAGACGAUGAAAAGUACGAAAAGUACCCCAAACAUGCCUAAUGGUCGCUUGAAGGAAGCAAUGGAACAGAUGCUGACGUGGCACUUUUCAGAAAUUAACGCUUUGCAUCGAAACAACUAUGCACGGGAGUUCUCUCUGGCCCGGUUGGUAGUUGACGGUGGGUUGGAGCGUAGAGUUUACAGUGUGAUUCCCAAACAUACGGCCUGUAUAAGUAUGGUUAUUAGUCUGCUGUUUGUGAUACUGCUGGCAGACAUUCGUCGCAGCUUCUACGGAUUGCUAGUGCGGUGCAGUUCUGCGCAACAGUUACGAGCGUUACUAAUUAUGGCGGGCGAAAAGGAUACAGUGCUUCAAAUGCAGCAGGAUGCCUUUCAAGCGGUACACCUGUAUUUCACCAAUAUAAAGACACUGUUUGUGGAACUACGCGAGGGACCGAUUGCACAAACCGUUCAAUUCAUGGAUAUGGACAAACAGUUCAUCGCUCAAUGUUCGAUUGUUGGGGAGCUGGAAGCUAUGUUGGCGGUGGAAGCUGAGUUCAAUUUUGGGAGCUUAAGAAAAACAUGCUUUGCCUGCAACUGCCUAUCAACGAUACGCAGAAUCCUGCACUGGAAGAUAAACUCGUACCAUCCCAACCGACUGCUCGAAACCAUCUGUACUAAAUGGGACCCAAACGUGGAGAAUCUGGCGCACAUUGCAUUGUUGGAUGAUCGGUUAACGUGGGUCGAUCCCACGACUGUAACAACUAAUCUCUCAAUGUUGCUGAGCGUGUACAGUUCGGCUGAUGAAAGCCAUCAACUCUAUCGCACCCGGGAACUCAUCGCAACUAUGGAGCUAGUGGUUACGGAGGAGGACACAAUGCCGGAGCUCAACAGAAUGUUACGUCCGUACUAUGAGAACAUUUUCUUCUUGGACAACAAAUGGAAGGUGUUGGAAUCGUUUUGCAGACAGCGUCAGCUACCGUGGGACACCACGCUCGUGCGUAAACUUCGGCGAAAAGACCAAGAACGCCUCCAGGCGCUAUUCGAUGAACGACGCGCCAUGUUACGAUCCAUACUAGAGCAGAACGGUAUACGAAUGGUAGAUGUGCUAGACGUUGGGGUUGUAAUUUUGGACAAGGAUGUUCGCGCUUCCCUCGAGCAUCUCCAGCUGGAACUGUGCGAAAUGUUAAUCGCGGUGGGGUACUUUGGUGAUAGCUUUCACUACAUCAAGCAUCGAAUUCCGAUGAUACAGGGGAAAAACUACCGCAAUCUGCUGGCGCACGAUUCACUGUCCUACAAUUUGCUCACGGACAGUGGCGACGAAAAGCUUGUAGUUAAUGCGUACAUCUUUGCCAACACCGCAGUUCGUUUGUUUGACUGCAAACGCAACGAACCGGCUGACUUACACUUUCCCUCCCUGGACGAUACGGAGAGAUGGGUUGAGGAACAACAGCAACUGCUGGCAGCCGUAAAGUCGAACGAUCUGAAACAAGUUUACGAGAUGAUCCGUUCCGGUGGUGAAAUAAAAAGCUUGUUUUGUUCUUCACCAAACAUUGAUCACUAUCCUGCGACGAGCCUGUCGAUCGCAUUUCAUCUUCAAGGUAUCUACAAUCCGGAUCCGUCCAUUGUAGCGUUACUCGGUCUUUACAUUCCAAAGCUUUCGCAUCUGUACCAGGAUCCAACAUUCCUGUUCGAGAAUGCAAUAGUGCAACGCAACUUUGAAGCUGCUAUCAAGUUCACAAACGAAAGUGGACUAUUUCGUGAGGAGUUCUACUCUUGGCCGAACUUUAUGUCCCACAAAUUAUUCGAACUGAUCUUCCCAAGAUCUUCGACACUAGAGAGAACGAGAGCUUUAGAGCACUUUCUGGAUUACGGCAAUGAACAAUGUGUCGAAGAAAUGGUUGAUGAACACAUUAUCACCGCAAGCGAUCCUGGCAUUGUAUGUAAAGCUUUUCUUCGAGGACUCCGAUCGAGUGUUGAGCUUUUCGUGCGCAAAGCGCACCGUUUACAUCCGAAGUCCCUAGAGUUGGCCGUUGUAAUGCACUGGAACGAUAUGCUGAGUACGAUUGCGGCCAAAACUGAUGUUGAUGAUAGCGUGUACGUUGCUCUGCUCCGAACGUCGAUAAAAGCGAACAACGAUACUGCUUUAGAACACUUUAUCAACAACCAACAGAUAACCGCGGAUGCGCUGCGGGAAUGCUAUCUGACGGCUGCGUCUUUUGGAAGAUGUGCUGUUUUAAGGUAUUUACUGGAAAAUUUCCCACCGAUGGACCGGAACCUACUGUCAGCGGCCAUUCACAGCGCUACGCUUUACAACUACUGGCAGUGUGUGCGGUUGCUUUUGGAUGCAGACGCGCCCGUUGAUGUGGUAAUACCUGACUAUCAAGGAGCGGAAUCAAACGUGCUCCUUCUGCUUGCCCUGUUCGAGCAGUGUAGAUUGAUGCACCGAAUAAAGUCUGUAAACCGUCCCAUUUACGGUACACUUACGGAUCAUCCAUACGCGGUAGCUGUGCGCUUUAAUACGGCAACUAGUAAAAUGCUACGAGCAUUAAAUGCACUUGGAUUUAGUUGGCUCGAUAGCUCCACAACGUUGCAUGAAGUGAUAUUGGAAGCAUACGAUCAGCCUGCUUGGAAUAUCAUGUGGAGCGAAAUUGACGAUCAACUUGCAUGCCGUUUGAAGCUCGAUUCCGAACACUGCACACUGCACAUGAAUGUACUACAGCGCUGGAAGAUGAUCGCUUUCGUUGAGGAGUGCAAUAUGGACAGAACUGCUUUGGGUUGUGCCGCACAGUUGAAUGAUUCCAGGAUACUACGCACACUAUUGGAUCGCUCGCGCAGCAUGCGACAGCUCGAAGACAUCGGAGUGUUGGAUGAUAUAGCAUUUCUUGUUGAUUCCUCCAUCAUACGGCACUGCAAAGCGUACAAUAACGUUAACGGAAGCGUAGCGUCUUAUUGUGAGGAUAUGAUUAGCAGCAUAAAUAGCUGGCAUGAGCCACCAAACGAUGUACAUUUGCAUGAGCACAUAAUGGAUGCUGGAGAUAUAUCGAUUAAGUUUGCCAUACCUGCUCAAGUGCAGAUCAAUGAGAAUGUAGCUGAUCUCCGUUUCAUCGACAGUUCAUCACUGAUUGACAGCUUGAACGAUUUGUUUAAGCUCACCAACUCGUUAUUCAGCACGCAUGCAAUGAUACAUGCAACGUUCUGUAAAGAUGACCGCACUGUAUAUUUCUUGCGAAUCAAUAACGUCUGUUGUGCGUAUGACAUCUAUAAAAAAGGUAGACGAAUCGAUUUAACCAACAUUGUAAACGCCAAAGCUGGCGGUGGGGAAACUGUUUUGAUGACGGCCAUUAAACAUAAAUGCCAGCUGGAAAUGGUCCAGAUGUUAGUAGAAGAGGGUGCAAACCCUUUGCUAGCAGACAACCACGGACAUACAGCUGUCGAUUUGUCUGUAGAUAACUCAUCCUCUGAACUAACACUGUAUUUGUUGGACGAAUGUCUUCGGCGAGAUCUGCGCAAUGACGCGGGAAUCGAUGUGUUGAACGUUACCGACGGAACCGGGGGAAGUAAACUAAUCCACAGAGCCGCUGGAAAUGGACAGGAAGCGAUUUUGACACGUUUAUUUCAGCUCCAAGUUGACGCCACGGCCCAAAACAUUUACGGCUUCACACCGGCCCAUAUGGCGGCAUAUGUUCCACUUACUAAUGCCAUCUCCAUAAUGAAACAAUUGCUAGAUUACGACCGUACACCGGUGGACAUGUUGGAUGGCACGGGUGCUACCUUGUUGCGGCUGGCCGCCCAGGUCGAUUCCGUUGAAAUGCUCGAUCUGCUGAUGGAGUAUAAUCCAGACCUUACCAUACAACCCAAUCGAGCGGCAUUGUACCAGGCGAUCGAGCUUCAGCACGUCCAGUGGACAAAGCGAUUCUUGGACCAUGCCAUAGAAAGAGGUAUCCCCAAGGUCACGAGCAUGGAGGAUGAUGGUGAUGAUGCUGUGAUUCUGUCGUUAAAAUGUGCCGACUUCGAAUUGUCACGUGCAUUGCUCGAGUAUGAGCUGGGACACCCACUGGAGGAGAUAAAUGUGUGCGAUCGACCGAGAAUUGAAGCCAUCCUGAAAGCAUCUACCUCAAAGAUUCCACAAGUCCCAGUGGAGCUUCUGCUAGAAUUAAAAGGAUUGAAUAAAUCAGAUAACUUUCUUACAUUCUUGCAGAACCUAAUUAAAGAACCUGACCCUUAAUAUGUGUUAUCAGGUAUGUUACUUUGUGAUACAAUGUUUUUUUUUAUAUUCGUUGAAGUGGAACUAGGGCAACUAGGUUUUAUUGUUAAAAUAAUGAGGAACUCUGACGUUCUUGCUUAUAUAAAGAUGCUCUUUUAUCCUGAGGGAAUAUCCCGUAUGUUUCUUAUG